CGAGGGGCUCCACUGCGCGCCCUCAGCCCCACCCGCGCAGAGCUCUGCGCACCCGCGCACCUGUGCUCGGGGCGGGGCGCACCCCGACGGCCGUCCUCGGCCCCGCACCUGCGGCCGUGCGCCAUAUAUGGGGCAGCACCCGGCGCCGGCUCGUUCCGUGCUGCUGCUGUUUGUCUGGGAAAGGACAAUGCUGAUGGACUGCUGUGGAUAAAUGAUGUUCGUUCUGCACCUUGAGGGUGGGAUGCUGCCUUGCACAGCCUCCACGACAGAGGUCAUGUCUUCCUCCACAUCCAGCACCGAUGGGGCUGUAUGGAACACCACACCAAUGGACUGCUGUGCCAACAACAUGUUGGGUUGGAGGUAUGCAAUUGCCAUCUGGGUACAGUCCCUGUGGCCAAACCCAAUGGCGAUGUAGGACACAAGGGUGGCUGCCCAUCGCCGCUCCCUCCGGAAAGGAGCCAGACAGGAGAGAAAUCACUGCUGUCCAUGCCCCAAAAUCAAGAUGUGAAGUGGACAAGGCUCUGUUCUGCUGUUCCCUCUGCUGAGAUGUCAGAAGGACUCCCCAGGCAUCCAUCCACACUGAACACCUCCAUGAGACCUCUCUGCCCCAGGAAGCAGGAAGAUGCCUUUAUAUGUCCCCUUUUAGCAGCUGCUGCAAACUUCUUUUAUGCUAAAGCACGUGGAGCCGCGUUGAUUUAUUUAGCAGCGUCUCUGGAGGCUUCUUCAAGGUUAAGAUGUAGACAUCGCAUGUUAGGCUGGGCUGAAUGCUGGCAGGAAAAGACAUUUGGCUCUUCUAAUUGGAAAAACACGCCGCUUUUAUCACCCCGAGGCCAAGCCUCUACCACAGCCACACAGCACAGGGGAACACAGCGGCUCAGCCCUGGGUCCCCAGAAAGGAGCACCGUCCCCUCACUGCCCUCCAGGUCAGCCCCGGUGGUGCACCCAUCCCUGCUGAGUGCUCAGCACCGGUCACGGAGCUGUCAGCCACGCUGUGCCUCAGUUUCCCCACUGCUGCUGGCUGCCAUGGGCUGCGUGCUGAGUUUCGGCGCAGUGUGUCUAAGAAGCCCCUUCCCCAUCCAUCUCGGUGUUCCCACUGCACAACACGGAGCACACCCACUGAUGAAGGCACACAGCAUCCUCAUCUGGCCGGGCUGCCUCAGCCACGUCGGUACUCAGAGCUACAGAUACAGAGGUAAGGCUGCAUUUUUGGUGAUCCUUUGUCCCCUGUUUUGCAGGAGCCAGCUGGGUCUCCCACCACAGACAGGGAAUUGCUGUGGGCUCCCUGUGCCCCAGAGCAGCAUUGAGGCAUUGAGCCAUUGCCCCUCCUGACCCCAGACCCUGCACACAGCAGGGCCUGAAAUGGCCCUUUCCCAGACAUCUCCGUAAGCAAUGCCUUCAGUCUCUGCUUAAUGACUCCCAGCCAUCCUUCCUCCUUGCAGAAGCCAGCAGCACAGCAGGCAGGGCAGAUCCCCAGCUCCUGCUCCCCCCAUUCCAAACAGCAACUUUGGGGUCUCACAGCAAACCCCAUCCCACCAGCAGCAAACCCCCUAUUUCCAGGCCUGGCCCUGGUUUGUUCUCAUUUCCUUUCCUUACUGAGCCUCCCCCCAGGAAUGGGACGAUGUCUUUUACAGCUCUCCCUGCUUCCAGUGUAUCAGAAGCAUGCCAAGACAUUGCCCUCUCCCAGGGGUGAGGAGCAAAGUGCCCAAUGUGGAGACGAGAACUGAUCUGGUGCUGCUGCAGCUGAGGGGCACAGUGCAGGGCCACAGCCACGUGGGGACUGGGAUUGAACCCGGUGCAAGAAGCCCAGGAGGAAAUCCCAUCCCAAUGCUAUGGGGCAGAAACCCAAUGCUGCCCCCAAAAUCUUUCCCCACAGCCUCCAUCCUGCUGCCUUCCCCCCCAGUCCUCCUUCUCUCACCUUGCCUUCCUCCAUUGCAUCCAUCCUCCUCUCUGGUGCCUCUUGCUCCAUCUCUGGGCACUGCUUUCCCCUCCCCUCCUCCCUUCCCAACCCCUGAGCUCCAGCUAGUUUAGAUCUGCCCUGGGGUGAUGUAGGGGGGAACAGGGGCAGCACUGACCCCUCUCCAUACUCCCAGUUUGGCUCAGUCUGAGCCCUAUGGUUGGGAUGUCCCUCCCACACCCAGGGCUGCUGGCAGCAUCUGGCCCCACUCCAGAGAGGAGGAGGAGGUGGAAGAGGAGAUUCCCCCAUGGGCAGCACUGUGGUGCAAAAGGCUGAAAGGAGCUCUGGCCAGGAGCAGGGCCUUGUGUGGAGGUGGUGGGUGUGAGGAUGGCUGAGGAUGCUUUUGCCUAAAGAGCAGUGGGAUGUGAAGGCAAACAGUGGGAACAUUGCUCCUGGAGCGUGGUGGUGCUGCCCAGGCACUGCCCUGCUCUGCCUGUGAGCGUUGGGACCCAGCCCAUGCUGUGGUGAGCACAGCAUUUGAAUGCAGCCAACUGACCCCCAGGGCCUCAGGCAGUGCUGCAGAGCAGUGCUGGGGCUCACCAUGCAUCCUUGCUCAGUGCCAGGGUGUGCACAGUGCUGGGCAUGGCUCACACUGUCCGUUCUCUGCUCACCCUGCAGGACAGAUAUUGCCUAUAGCAAAAAAUUACCCUCCAUAGCAAAAAUACAACAAUCUCUACGGGCAGGACUCGUUCUGUGCCCUCCGUCCCAGCAUGACGAUACCCACAGUGCUCCUACAGCACCACAGGGCAGUUCCCUGCUCUGGUGCAGGGCUUUGGGAUGAGGGUCCCCUCUCCUCCUCCUGCUCAGUGAGCGAUGCCUUCACAUGGCUGUCCCAAAGCUCCAGGCCCACUCAGCCCCGUGCUGCAACGCACAGAGCCGGAACAAAGCCGUGCUGCCUCAAAUUCCUCCAGCGCCGGGCUCGGGGCUCUGUGCUGCUUUCAGUUCCUAAAGCCAGCUUCGCGCUGUGCCCUGUCGGCCCACUCCCACGCUCCAGCACGGGGUAUCUUGACAGAUUGUUUGGUGGUUUGUUUGUUUGUUUUCUAUUUUAUAAUAAAAGGAAAAAAAGCGAUUGCAAAGCAGAAAGGACCGUUUUGGGGGUACAUUUGGCAGUGAAAUCAGAGCUCGGGCUGGGAACCAGCAGGACAGCCUCCCUGCAGCCUCCCUGCGAUGCUCUCCAUGCACCGAACCCCGCACCACUCCUUCCUACACCAUCCCCCCGCUCACACCAAUGACUUUUAUUUUCGUACACGAAAAAGAAAACGCACAACGGAUUGGGAGCGUUAUUUUUCUGAACGCCACUUCGAAGAGUAAAAAUCUGAAAGCGUAAAUCCGGAGCAUCGUGGCAAAAUCCGGGCUCGGUUUAAAAACUAAAAGGGUUCUGCGAUUGUUUCUUUUCGUUUGUGAAAUAAUUCAACCCUCACCAAUAUUCCGGGCAGACGACCGCCGUUUAAUCUCAGCGGUCGCACAACGAACUGAGAUUCCGAGGGGGUGAGAGCGUUCGGCGCAACGUAACUAUCAAAUAUCCCCCGAAGACUUAAAGCAAACCACACGUGGCUGCUUCUCUCGCUGCCCCACUGCCCGCAGCCAUCGGUGCAGGACGGAGGACCGCAGCGCUUCGCAGUGCCAUUAAGCAUUCGUUAAAACAUUUACUCGAUGGGCCGUAACAAAGCGCCGGAGCCGCGGGCGCACGCAGAGACUCCAUCGGACGGUUCUGCGGUGCAAAACCGUCGCGUUCAGAGCCGCGCAGCCCUCAGUCCCCUCUCAUCGCACCUCUCUCGGGCAGAUGCUGGAGGUGGAAGGGCUGCAGCUUACCCCGCUUUCUGCCGUCGGUUCUGGGCGUUCCGAUUUCGGGUUCCCCUCUCGGCCCGGAGCGCAGUGCCCGGCCCGUGGCAUCAGAGCCUGAGGGAUGGAGGGGGAAAGCAACGUGAGCCAGAAGCUCGCAGCGAGGUCUGUAAGUCCUUGUAUGGCAGAAAUAAACGUAUUACACCGUUAUUAGA